CUUCAGCUCCUCUUAGAUUUGAUCAGCACAAUCAAAGGCUUUCAGUUUCUUUGUACGAUGAAGAGCUCCGCUCUGUGCUGUGUAAAUGUGAGGCCAGGGCCCGCGGGACGGACCUGUGCACUGCCUGAAGCCCGUGUAAACAAUGAGCUGAGUUCAGGAUAUCCUCUCUCGCCAGGCCACACUGGUUUUUCAUAAAAAACGUCCCAUUUCGCUCGGUGAGUCUAGUUUGUGUGUUAUAGCACAACCUUUGUUCAUAUGAACCUCAUGAAUUGGCCUGUUAUUCAGAAGGCGAGACAGACACCUCGAGCUCCUCCAGAUGGAUCCUUCAUUGUAAUUGGAUCCCAGCAGAUCAAAAUAUUCGCCCAAAGUGUAUGUGUGUAUACAUUUUAUAUCAGUGUCAGUUCCACACAUGCAACGCGAAGAGGGCAUUUUCGUUUGUCACUGGAUAAGUUGUGAUGGUCGCCAGGUGCAGUCAGGUGAUCAUGUUUACCAUUUUUACCUGAUGAUGUCUGACUGGGGGGCUCACACCACUGUUGGGUGAUUACUUCAGGAAAGUAAUUUGGUACAGAUUCCAAAUUACAAGACUAAUUAUGUAAUCAGUAGCCCUUUGGAUUACUUGAAAUAUGUAAUGUAACCUGAUUACAAUUAGUUUACUUCAUACAGUCACCUGAGCUAACUGGUGUUACUGGUUUCACAAUAGGGCUGGGCCAUAUCAAUGAUAUUUCGACUUAUCUAAAAUUUAAACGAUAAGAGAAUGAAAAUUUUCAAUACACUGUUGAUAAAGAAACAUUGCUUGAUACUAUCACAUGAGAGAUGAAUGUAAUUCUAACCAAUCAUAUGGUAGCCAUCUCAGAUCAGACAACCUAUGCCCAGAAACACUAACCGAGUUCCCUGUAACAAGCGGCGAAGCAGUCACUGUAAAAUCCUAGCAACAAACCAUACUGUCAGCAUUUUGCCCUACUACAAAAAAAGUUUACUUUUGUAUGAUUUAUUUAUUAAAAUUAGAUUUCCAAUUGCAGUAUUUCCAUUGUGUCAUCUUUUCCAUGUACUGAGUCUGUUAUGGCAGGGCUGGGGAACCUGUUCCAAGGAGGGUUGGUGUGGCAAUCCUUAAAUAAGUAACUAAUCAGAUUUUAAAUGCAAUUUACUCUAAUUACAAAUACUUGAUUUUUGUAAUCAGAUUACGUGAAACAGAUUGUAUGUUACUACACAGCACUGGUUCCCACCCUGCAUCUUCAAGUUCUGCCUCUUGCAGCUGAGCUUGGAGUUUGAGGAGAUAAAGUGUCCUGGGACCUGGGAUCAGCCGGGGGGGGUCCUGUGAUCUGUAUGGAUUACUUCCCUGCCUUGGGCAUGCAACCUAAUCAGAUAUAGGUCUGCAUGUGGAGCUUCAACAGGUCUUAGGUGUUUUCUGUUUAUUUGAGGGUCCUUGUUUUGGAAGAAGUCUUUGCUGUUAUCUGCAAGCUGUGUUAUUCACACAGGAGGCUUUUCUCAGCCAUUUGUGAACAAUCAUUAACCUGCUGCUUAAUGCCUUUCUUCUGGUCAGGUAACCUUCAUGUCCAGCCCCUUUGUCACAGACGCAAACUGCAGCAUCCAGAGUGGAUUUUCACAUCUGUCGGACCCUUUGCUCUCUGGGUAUGACGUCACAGUUCACCCUGCCUUGCCGUCUUCCUGUCCCAGGCGCCGGUGACGAAGACCUUUCUGAUCCCGGUGCCGAAAUCGACUGGGUCCCGCUUCAGGAACAGCAUGGAGGGGCUCAACCAGGAGAUCGAGCGCAUCAUCAUCCGGGACUCCAGCGAGCGUGAUGAGCAGCUCGUACCGCAGGACAUCCCAGAUGGCCACCGCGCUCCCCCACCCGUAGUGCAGCGCAGCAGUAGCACUCGCAGUAUUGACACGCAGACCCCUUCUGGCGGAGGAGGGGGCGGAGGCGGUAACCAUAGUAACAGCAGCAGCCGCUCUCAGUCCAUCUCGCCGGCCUUCCUUGCCAUGGCCAACGACACUGGAGGCCGUAGUCCCUGCCCCAGCGUGGACCUCCUGAGCGACGGCCGGGCCAGUACCCACAAAGACCUCGAGGGCAGCUCCCCUCUGCCCAAAUACGCCUUCUCCCCGAGACCCAACAACAGCUACAUGUUCAAGCGGGAGCCUCCUGAGGGCUGCGAGCGGAUCAAGGCCUUUGAGGAAACACUACCCAGGUUACCCCGAGACAUCCCACAGUUCCUGUGCCCUGACAGGAACAAGGUCAACUUCAUCCCCAAGAGCGGCUCCGCCUUCUGCCUGGUCAGCAUCCUCAAGCCCCUGCUGCCCACCCAGGAGCUGACCUUCAAGAGCUCGGGCGCCUUGGCCAUGCGCAGCCUGUCGCCCUCGCUAGGCUUGCAGCUUGGCCUGGAGCAGGAGCAGAGGGUGUCCCGAGGCACCUGCACCUCCGCCCCGCAGCCCUGCCUCCCCUUCCACCUGGAGGAGCCCGAGAGCUAAAGUCCUGCGUCUCUCCACUUCAGUCCACUUCUAAGUUUUGUUUUCUACUUCGACAGUCCUGUUGAAAACCACCUUCUCUCCCCCUUCCAGAGAAGAAGGGAAAACAGCUUCUGCUAUGCGGCCUUAUUUUUUCGCUCAAAAAGCAGACAACAGUUAUGGGGGGGGGGGGUUCCCAUCUUUAGGGGUGAUUGAGGGAGCAGCGGUGACAUGGCUACCACUGGUGGAUAAGCUGACACUUUAUUGGUCGUUCUUGGUCGUUAUGGCAACCUGAGAGCCAGUAAAAAAGAGAAACAGAGUGACAUUCUGCUGUGGAGGCUUUUGACACAAAUGUGCAUAUAUAUAUAUAUAUAUAUAUAUAUAUAUUUCUUUUUUAAUUAUUUUUUUUCUUGCAUUUAGAAGUAGCUAAAGAAAGAAGCUUGUGUCUUUUUUAGGGUUGAUCUUUUAGACCAAGAAAAUUGAGAUAUAGACAAAAUCCAGGUUGAUGAAGGUCCUUCCAGUUUAUAAUCACACCACUCCACCACUCUCGUCUGUGUGCAUAGAGUGUGAAGCGUGAGCAGAAAUGUCCCCGUCGGGGAGUGGCAGUCAGCAGCAGGCUGAAUCCAGGGCUCCAUAGCAAAGGUUCCCCCGCUGGGCCGAAGAUUCACUGUCCCAGCAACACCAAAGAAUCCCAGAUUAUAAUGGCCUUGUUGAUCACGCUGACAUGAGCUGAAAAAUCCUGAAAAAUGGUGCUUUGACUUUUAGUAGCAGACGAGACAUCUAAGUAAAACUAGGCAGCAUUCACAGGGGGGUGUUUUUGCAGCUGAAAGUCAUUGUUAAGUGAAAGAACAGAAGUGAAGCUUGACUUAAUGAAUCAGUUAACAAUGUAAACCAUCUCAUAUCUGAAGGUCGUAUUUGUUAAAAGAUCCACUGACUGUGGAUUGUAGCUCUAUUUUUUCCCUUGCGGACGAACUCUGGCAAACGUGCCAGACUUCACACUCACUUAUUUGGUGUGUUUUCCAUUAAAGUGACACCUUUCAUGUGAUUUAAAAUCCUGUUGUGUGAGCCAGCAAAGGCUGUCAAGUCUGUCACUAAAAACAACCGCAGACAUGCUUUCAGCUGCAGCAUUGUGAUGCUCACAAAGGCCAAAGAGCCCAAGCCGCUGAGCAGACCUGCCCCACCCCCCACGCCUGCAGCCUUCUCUGUAUUUGCCCUGAAAUGUUACCUCGUGUUGUACUAAGGACGCAGGAAGCAGCGGAGGCCGGAGUUAAAUCACUGAAUACCCCAGAAAUGCUGUUACCCUCUUCACAGCAAUUUGCCUGUGUUGUGUAAAGACUCCGUGUGUAUCACGUGCUAAUUGACAAAUAAUGUGACUUUUUGUAAAAGCGAGGAAAAUGUACCCCUGUAAUCAUGUGGGCACUGCACUGUCGUCCUGUAGUGGCCACAGUUUAAUUUCCUGUCCAGAGUGCUGUGUAGGCACCUUAGUGGGCUGCAGGCGUAUAACCCGGCUUAGCAGAAAAUAUCCAUGGCCGUGGGGGGAGGGGGGAAGCAUGCAGUAAAUUUCAUAGUUCCUGUCUGGACAGGUAACCACUUUCAGCUGUCAGUAAUUGGCCCGUUUUGACCCAUUAAAGUCAGGUGGUGUUAUUUUCUGCCCAGUCCUGGGCUAAUCAUAGAGCAAAGACCGCAGCAUCAGUCAGGCCACGCAGAUGUAUUGGGGGGGGAGGCAAAACCAGAGGCAGAGAGUUCAGGUCCAGACAGUACAAGUCCAGACCAAGAUUUUGUUUCAACCAACCGAUUGAAAAUAGAAUCACGGUCACAGAGUACUCAGCUGGUUGGUUGAAUCAAGAUCUUGGUCUGGAUUUGUACUUUCUGGACCUGAACUUUCCACCUCUGGACAAAACCUGCAAAACCCAGCAAGGCCAUGGCCACUGUAGCAUGAUUUGUGAUUUACGAUGGGGGAUAGGCGAGGGGGCAGGAAGAGGCUGCAGAGUCAUCACCAGUGUAACAAAUGCGUGACAGGUAGCGGUGAUGGUGGGGAAACGCACGGGACUCGUACUACGUGACUGUUCGACUUUGCCACUGUGAGUGAUGCGCGCCUGCUGGACUCAAGCUCUCCGGUUACCGGGUUCCAGUAGUUAGCAGCCACACCAGCAGCACGGGGGAGCCGAGCGUCCGCUGGCAGCAUCCUUGUCAGUUCGAUACUGUGGUCGCCAUCCAUACUUUUAUAACAGCGCAGCUUCUCAGGUGUUUCGCCGGGAGGCCGCUCUGUCUCACACACACGUGUAAACACGCACACCUCGCUCACGCACACCUCGGCCUGAAGUAGCAUCGCAGAGAGCCUUGUGCUUCUCUGCGGCAGCUGAUUGCCUGCGACGUUACUGUCAUGAUGAACAUCAUGUACUAUAGGAGUUACUUGAAUUUAACUCUUUUUCGUGUUUUGCGUCCAAGUUCGGUAUCUGGGAUCUAGUGUCAUCCUAAAAACAGAUCAUUAACAGCCGCCUGUUUUUGUUUUUGUUCAGUUUUCAACUGCAACUGCUCAUGUAGUUCUGGACUCAGGAAUGUAAAAAAAAAAAAAAAAAAAAAAACACUUUUUUUUUCUCUUCCAAAUGUAUAUGUCUAUACAGUAUAUUAGCGGGACGACUUACUCUCUCAGUAGAUAGUUACUGUAUUGUGUUCACAUAGCGUCUUGCCCUGGGACUCAAAAAUGAAACAAAAAAAAAAAAACCAAACAGCCUGUUUUUAACGUCCAUUUACAUGUCGUCGUUUGUUUUGGCCUCCAGCAGGUGGCGCUGGGCAGAGUGAGUAAGAGUCGUAGGCGUGAAGCUGGUAGCAGGUAGAGUUACUCUGUACAGAUGACUAGUCUCGGUUGUGAAGCACGUGAAGAAGCGAAUAGAGACCGCGCUUGGGAGAAAUGGGAUGGGUUGUUGUAUCGUUAUAGUUUGUGACUACUGCAAGCUUUUUUCCCCCAGCUAUUUUGUAUUUAUCCUUGCUAUCGAGUGUAAAUAAACCAAGGCUGCCUGUAUGAUGUAAACAUAUUAAACAUAUUAAAAAUGAAUUUGUUUAAAAGGA